AUGGCCGAGGCAGAAGUACAAUGCGAAGCUGCUGUUAUUGAAGAGAAAAUGGCAGUUCCUGAAGGUGAUAUACAAUGUGAGCAAGAUUUGAAGUCCAUUAAAGAUGAAGAACCAAAAGUUGAAUCAAUCUCGUUUAAACUGGUUUUCAACAAACAAAAACUUGAUAUAAAAUGGGAGCCAAAUAAGACCAUUAAGUCUUUAAAAACCCAUAUUGAAACCCUCACUGGAGUUGCCCCUGCAAUGCAAAAACUUAUGUUUAAAGGACUUGUCAAGGACGAUCAAAUAUUAUCGGAAGCAGGAAUCACGAAUGGAUCAAAAAUGAUGUUGGUUGGCUCCACACUCACAGAUGUUAUUUCAGUCAACACCAAAACCUCAACCACAUCUUCUUCUGUAGAAUCCAAGGCAGCUACAAAGGAACCUCUUUCAAAACAAAAAGUCCAUGAAAAAGUAAUUAAACAUGGAAUUCCUGAUGAUGCAAUGCCAGCAUACAGGAAUGGUCAUGACGAUUUACCCGACAUACCACUUAGAGGAAUGGUCAAUAAACAUAACCAUAAGCUUGAAGUUGAUCAGUUGUGGCUUGGUACAAAAGAAAGAACAGAAAAACUGACCAUGAGUUCAAUAAAACAAGUUGUUUCAGAACCGAUAACGGGCCAUGAAGAAUACCACAUGUUGGCUUUGCAGCUUGGCCCAACUGAACAAAGCAGGUAG